AUGCCGGCAGCACGGAUUAAAGCGGAAGUGCUGUCGACUGGCUUGGGGAUGGGGAGAAAGUCAGGAGGGAAGGAGGACCUUCGACCCGCUCCUCCUGCCUUUUCCACUGCUUCUUGCGCUCCUGGCGCCGAUGGUGAUGCUGCUUCUGUGUAUACAAGUGCUAGUGCUGGUGCUGCUGGUGUUGCUGGCGGCGGCGGUGCUGGUGUUGGCGUGCGUAAUAGCACGGGGCAGGCAGGCCCAGCAGUUGCAGCAGCGGCAGCAGCAGCUGCAGCUGGCCUGGUGCCUCCAUCCCUCCAAGCGGCAGCAAGACAAGAAGGCGGCGGCAUGGCAGCAUUACAACGCGCCAGCAGCAGCAACAGACACAUGGGAGCACCCGCUGCUACAACCAUUUCCACCCAUGGUGCCACCCAAGGAAAUCAUCUCCACUCCUUGGAACCGCGCAAGUACGGUGUCUCGGCCUCGGCCCCUCUGGAUCCCAGGCUCGUUGCUGCGGGUGCUGCCCCUGCCUUCCCCGCUCUUUCCCCAGGCUUCCCUUACCUCCCGUCAUCGUCUUCCUCUUCUGCUACUGCUGCCCGUUCCUCCUCUCCUGCUCCUGCUGCUGCUCCUGCUCCUGGUGCUACAUCAUCCCCCCAUCCCUCUGCUCCUGCUGCUGCUAUAUCUGCACCUCCGCGUGCCUCCGCUCCUGCUGCUGCAACAGCUGCCUCUCCCCGGGCCUCGGGUUUCCCGAGGCGGAUAGAUGUGGUGGGAGUGGAGAGGCUGGGGUUGCAUGAGCUGGACGCCAAGGUGCUGGGGCUGAAGAGCCCGAACAUCCCCAAGGGGAAGGACAGCACAGAAGACGAGGUGUUUGAUGAGGAAGUUUCCCUAAUUAAGAGUGUGGGGAAGUGA